AAAGUGGGACAGGAUUGACCAAUAUCGCUUGAGUGACUACUAUAGGUGUUAUCACUGGUCUUCUGUGCAGGCUUAGGUGCUGGAGGUUUUGUUAGUGCACAGCUGCAACAUUGUUGCUCACCGCUGCUCAAGAGAGGAAGAAAGGUUAGUGUGUGUCGCUAAAAGCAGUGAAAGUGGCAACACAGCAGCUUGCUUAUUGUGCAUUGUAGUGUCACAGGCCUGUUUGGAAACAACAGAGCUUCAUCCCUGACUGAUGGACGUCCUCAGUUUCGUGUGUGCUGCGCUCCUGUUCACUGUUUUAGUGCACAGUAAGCCAACAUUAAGGAAAGAGAGAGUUAUUUAUCAGGACCCAGAACUGACCAGGAAAGCCUACGAAGACAAUAACAGCUUCCAAUACGACCAUGAGGCCUUUCUGGGCAAAGAGGAGGCCAAGACGUUUGACCAGCUCAGCCCUGAGGAGAGCAAGGACAAGCUCGGUAAAAUAGUGGACCGGAUCGACAGCAACCUUGAUGGCUACAUCACCACAGCCGAACUCAAGUCUUGGAUAAAACGUGUGCAGAAGCGCUACGUUUAUGAAAAUGUGGCAAAGGUGUGGACUGACUAUGACCUGAACAAAGACAACAAGAUUUCAUGGGAAGAGUACAAGCAAGCCACAUAUGGAUACUAUCUCGCCAACCCAGAAGAAUUUGACGAAUCAACAGACCAGUUCAGCUUCAAGAAGAUGCUCCCGCGUGAUGAGAGGAGGUUUAAAACAGCUGAUCUGAAUGGGGACCUGGCAGCAGACAGAGAAGAGUUCACAUCCUUCCUCCACCCUGAGGAGUUUGAUCACAUGAAGGAUACUGUGGUUUUGGAAACACUGGAGGACAUUGACAAGAAUGGUGACGGACAUGUGGAUGAAGAUGAGUAUAUUGCGGACAUGUUUGCCCAUGAGGACGGAGGACCAGAGCCGGACUGGGUCAAGACAGAGAGGGAACAGUUCUCUGACUUUAGAGACUUGAACAAAGAUGGUAAAAUGGACCUGGAGGAGAUCCGACAUUGGAUUAUGCCACAAGACUACGACCACGCCCAAGCAGAGGCCCGGCAUCUGGUGUACGAGUCUGACCAGGACAAGGACCAGAUGCUGACCAAAGAGGAGAUCCUUGAAAACUGGAACAUGUUUGUGGGAAGCCAGGCCACCAACUACGGAGAGGACCUCACCAAGAACCAUGACGAGCUCUGAGCUCUGCAGCUUCUGACGUGUGGAUGUGAGGAGCGUUGGUGAUAAUCUUCGAAAAGACAGAAGUACAGGCUCUUUGACCUCAUCCCACCACCACUCCAUCUUUUACACGUAAUACUGGAACAGAUGUCAGAGUGUUGGAUUGUCAACCAACACUGUAGAUACCAAACAAGAGGGGGGAUAAGGGUCCCUCCUAACACUAACACUAAGGGUCCAUCUCGGUUUGGCGCUUCUGGUUCUGACAUUCAGGAGCAAAGCCAGAUCCAGUGGACUUCAUUUCCAUCAAUGGUGCCUUCGAGCUGCACUGCCGGCUUUGCUGCCUCAGAGAUCUGUGUAGAAAGUCUUUAAUAAAAGCUGUCAAAGCUGAAUGCGGAGCUUUAGGUGAAUUGUCAGAUAUAGGAAUCGUUUUUUGAUAGCAACGUUAAUGUGAAACUACAGUGCAGAACAUUUAUUCAGAUUUUAUUUAUUAAUGAAAUCUAUUCUUUGUUUACACAUUUCCUGGCCAUAUGAUUUUAAUGAUUUGUUUGUUUGAUUAGUUAAGUGCUUUUAAAACUGUUAAAGACUGAUUAACUGAUGUUUAACGGCAUGGUUUUUGCACGCGUUUGGUUUUAGUGUAGUCUGUGAAUUUGUUUUCUUCAUAUAUUUAGUUCAAAAUGUAUUUAUUGGUGUACUUCCGGCCAACAGUAUGCUCCAUGUUAGAUUUUUAUUGACCUUUGCUGAUGUUACAUUUGAGCUUUAUAUCAUUUUUUGUAGCUGUCUAAUUUAAAUAAGGUUUUGUUUUGAGUACUUUGUUGAUUUGAACACAUAACUCCACACGACUCAUUGCUUCCUGUUACUCUAUGGUAUUCUUUUUGUGUCCGAUUUUUUAAACUGUGUUGGCUUUGUAUAUAAAGCAUGGUGUUUUACAACAUCAUACAUUCAUCUUUUGUAUUUUUUUUAUCACAAUUUCUGUAUUGUUAAAUAAACAUGUUUUAUGAGAGGUGCAUGAACAUAUGCAACUUGAAGAGAUCAAACCAUGACCAGAAUUUAGAAUUUAAUCAAACUUACGUCACCCUUUUUCUGUUGUGCUUUGUUCUCGCAAAACUCAAUUGCAUCAAUAUUCCACAUAUCACACAGACACAAACACAUUCAUGUGUUUUAUUUUCCACAAGGCACAUGUGUCAAAAAUAAAAAAACAAAAAGAGAUUUUGUAAUCCGUGUAUUCAAGCAUCAUGUAUUUUUUAAUUUGUGCUGUGCGAGAAAAGAGAUUCAACACACUGCCAAACUGUGAUGGGCAGCCUAAAGGGAAAGGGCAAUAUCUUUGGAAAUCCACUUAUUUUCUUUCUUGCCGAGAGUUAGAAAAGAUCACUACUGCCAGCAGCUACUUAGCUUGGCACAAACACUGGAAAAAGCAAGCUCUUACUGUCUGCUGCAUUUGUGGCCAGGUCAUGCUGACAAUAAAAAGGAUGUUAUGUGUUAUUAA